AUGUUACUUCAAAAUAAUUACGACCUAGUUUUCCUCUCGGAAUCUUGGUUAUGCUCCGGUACCGAAAUGUCCUCCCUGUUAGGUGUUGCUAGUUCCCAAUUUGAUCACGUUAGGUGUGAUCGUACACGUAAAAAAGGCGGUGGGGUUCUUCUUCUUAUAAGACACUCUAUUCCGUACAAUCUUGUGUUCAAGGAAUCAGUUGCAGGCGCAUAUGAAAUCGUGGUUGUAGAUACCUAUUUUGGGUCCCAUGCAAUCCGGUUUAUAGUGAUUUAUAGGACUCCUUCCUGUAGUGUCCAGGGUUCCUCUUUGCUCCUCAAAGCCGUAAGUGACUUUUGCUCCUAUAAUGGUCCUACCCUCGUUCUCGGUGAUUUCAACCUUCCAGGUGUUUCUUGGGAUGAAGACUGGUCGGACAAGUCUUCAUCCAAGGAUUUCGUCGAGACCUUUCGAUCUCACAAGUUCACACAGUUAGUCCGCGGCCCUACCAGAGGCAAAUCUUGUCUUGACCUUGUCUUCUGCAAUUCUCCCCAAUUAGUCAACCAAACUAAAAUCUUGCCACCCAUAGGAACUAGUGAUCAUGCUACCGUUGCGUUUCAACUUAACGUCUCAGUUCUAGGCCUGCAAGACUUCAAAAACGCUGACAUGAAAAUCAUCGAUGACUACCUCUCUAAAAUCGAUUGGAUUGGCUCCCUUGGUUCAGUUUACUCCGUUAAUGACAAAUAUGAAACACUUCUAGCUAUACUGAAUGACGUCAUCGACCGAUUCGUCCCCAUCCGUAAAACCACAAGCGGGUUACCUCGUUUACCAUCAUCUACCUAUCUAAUAUUUCGAGUACAAAUCAGCCUGCUGAUAUCGGAAAAAGGAGCUGUCCCUGUGCAACACUGGAACGCCAACUUUCGGGCAGCACUCACACUCACAAGUGCGGAACCUGAAGAAGUCAUC